AUGUUUGCUCGCUUGUCGCGCCAGUCUGCCCGGUGGGUAGAUGUGCGCGUCGAACACGCAUUAUCUAGCGAUGACGAUGCCAUAUCGAUUGAUGUAAACGUGCUCACCUGCCUCGACUUGUCGUGGCGCGGGCUGUGUGGGCGAACCAUCGAGCCCGUGUAUCGUGGCUUGAAAAGUGUCGUGGAGGAAGACUUAAACACAGUUGUUAAGUUGUUGUCAGAACUAGAUUCCGUCGGUGAGGGGCUAGAACGGACGAAUGAAAAUGUACAAGUACCACCGCAACCGCAGCCUCCAUUACCGCCGGGCCCUAGAGUUUAUGUGGCAGAGGACAGCGCAUUAUCGUGUGCUGACGUUUCACUGCCAGAACGACCGAGAAGGAAGCGUCGGCGAUCCUCUGCUUUAGUCGAACCGCUUGUCAUCAAACCUACCCAUCCUUCUGCUCCGACGAUCAUCAUUUCACCUUGUCCAUCCCAGGCUCGUGAAACUUCGUCUUGGGUACCAUACCAAGAUGCGUCAUUUGGCGCGCGCCUCACAGUGCCUACGUACGCCCCAUUCAACGGCGCAUUUCCGCCCCUUGUAACCCCAUCCGAUCUUGACAACCGCGUCGAUGAUUGGAUGUAUGUCGACGGCCAUUGGUGUGCUAUUCUCCCGACACAAGAUGAACAGUGCAGAAGGGGGCUGUACUCCAGGAGCGUAUCUAGGCGGCGUUCAAGGCUACGCCCUCCUUGUCGGACGGACGUCUGA